GUGUCCCACCAUCCUGUAUGAACUGUUCACGUUGUGUUUUCCAUUUGCUUCAAGAUAAUUUUUUGGAGAGAAUCUGGGUUAAGCACGUUUUCUUUAAUACAUUUUAAAUCAAAUGUCACAAUAAGAAUUUAUGUGUGUAUUUUACAUUGAAACGCAAAUCGAACAAAAUAAGGUUCGAGUUCGACUCAGUUCGACCAGAGAGGUUCGACCAAUGUGCUUCAUGUGUGCUUCUAUACCAAUCUGUCAGCAGGAAUUUUGAACAUAUUUCAAGCAUUUCACUCGCGCAGCAUUUGAAUUGGUGCUGGCAUCCUUCUGGGUGCGGCACCAGGCACAGGAGGGCGGCUGCGACUGUAUUCCCCGCGAUCAGUGUCUCGCUGACCCGACACCGGAGAGUUUCACCGCCUGCACCACCGUCAACGGAACACAGGGCGUCUGUUGCGCCAGUGCCGCCCAGCAGCGUGGCGGGCCGUCGGCGUGCAGCGCUCCGAUCCUCUGUCCGUCGGCACAGUGGACGGGCGCGUCACCGUGCUCUCUGAAUGACGGCUCCGAUGGCGUCGUCUGUCCGCCGGGGGCCGGGCCCGCCGAGCCGGCGCGCCGCCUGGCCGGUCAGCAGCAGGUGCUGUCGGCGGACACGGCCUCCUUCUCGGGCGAGCGGGCGGUGCAGGACGCCUCGGCGGCGGCCGCCCGGCUGGCCGAGCUGGAGGCCCGGCUGACGCCGCUGCUGCAGCGGCCCGUGCCCGACGGUGUUGACCUGACCGGCCUGGACACGGCCUCCGCCGGCGACUGGAGCGUGGCCCAGGAGGUGGGAAGGAUCGGCCUGCAGCGGCUCUUCACCAUGCAGGCCGUCAGCAACCAGACAGAGACGGUGCCAGAGACCGUCUCAACCUGGCUGGACACUGGUGAAGAUGCCCGUCGCCGGAUCCCCGGCUGUGUGCCCGCCACUGAAAUAUUCUGCGACCGAUCCGCCGCUGCUAUACGGACCAUCGGUGGCCAGUGUAACAAUCUGGAGCACCCGUUUCUGGGUCGAGCGCUCACCGGGCUCGGUCGGCUGGCCAAUGCCACCUUCGAAGACGGUCUGUACUUCUCGCCCCGCUCGCUGGGCGCCGAGGUCUCGCCGCUGCCGGCCGCCGAUGCGGUCGGGUCGCUGGUGGCGGCCCAGCUGCACUCAGAGCCGCUCGGCGACUGGGCCUCCACCGUCUCCGAGUACCUCAGUUUGGACCUGGCGCGCAUCGCUCCGUUCCGACUGGCCAGCGGCCGCGAGCCCGACUGCUGCUCCGAGCGCCACCCGGCCUGUCUGCCGCUGCACGUGGACGACCGCUGCGUCAGCUUCGUACGCGCGCUACCGGCGUCCGCACUGGAUUGCGUGAUGCGGCCGGCGGCGCCGCUGUCUGCCGCCUCCUCCUACCUGGACCUGGAGACGCUGUACGGCAGCUCCGAGGAGGCCGGCAGGCGACUGAGGACGUUCCGCGGGGGCCGGCUGCGCGCUGACCGCGGUCUCCUGAUUGGUAUCCUCGAUCAGGUACUGGACCUGGACUACGAGCUGACAGUGUCUGCCGAGCAAAGCCCGAGUUCUGAGAAAACACCCAGCGCAGCACUUCCUGAGCGCCAGGAGGAAACCGAACGGCAGCUUGGCAUAGAUGCAAAAGUCGUGACUUUUGUGAAGGGUGACAAGGGGCAGAAAGGUCGACGAGGAAGAAAAGGCAACAAAGGCAGCAAGGGGAGGAGAGGCAACAAAGGAGUGUGUGGCAUGAAAGGGAACAGCGGAAUAGACGGUGACAAAGGCGAGAAGGGCAUAAAGGGAGGAGAUGGUGCUAAGGGAACCAAAGGUUCGAAAGGCGCUAAGGGUGCCAAAGGAGAAUCAGGCGAGAAGGGCAUGAAAGGCAUGAAAGGUGACAAAGGAAGGAAAGGUGAAAAGGGUAACAAGGGCGAUAGCGGUGAAGACGGCGAUGAUGGCGCAGAUGGUUCAAUCGGUGAAGGUGGCAGUAAGGGCUUAACAGGUAGGAAGGGCAGAAAGGGAGGAGUGGGCGAUAAAGGUGUAAAGGGUGAUAAAGGCAUGAAGGGCUCAAAGGGAGAAUUCGGUGAAUUAGGCAUCAAGGGCAAUGAAGGUAUGCAGGGUGCAAAGGGUGUUCAAGGAACAAAAGGACAAAAGGGUUCAAAGGGAGAAUUCGGCAUGAAGGGUGACUUUGGGGGAGAUGGCUCUAAGGGAGAUCGGGGACUUAUUGGCAUGCAAGGCGUCAAAGGGCGAGUAGGACAAUGGGGAAGGCCUGGAGCAAAGGGCGAUGAAGGCCGUAGGGGGCCCGAAGGCGACCAAGGCGACAAAGGGGAAGAUGGUCACAGGGGAAGACAAGGUCGUCCGGGACCUCGCGGCUUGCCAGGGGGCAUACGAAUCAUCCUUCCCAAUGAUUAUUCGAAUUCGGGCCAAAACCAGCACGGCUCGAGACCGUGGCAACCGUACGGGCGGAGUGUGGGCUCUGCAGACCGUCCCUCCGUGCCCUCCCCGGACCGGCUCAACCAGAUCCUGCUGCGCGAGCACAACCGUGUGGCGGACGCGCUGCGACGGAACAACCCCUCCUGGGAGGACGAGCGCGUGUUCCAGUCGGCACGCCGCGUCGUGAUGUCCGAGUGGCAGCACAUCAUCUACCACGAGUACCUGCCGCAUGUGCUGGGCGCCGCCGCUGCCGCCGGAGUCACGGCCCACACCGAGACCAAAGCAGAACACCCGGCUGACCCCACCGUCAGCGUGGAGUUUGCGCUUGCUGCGUUCCGCUUCUGGCAGUGGCCGCCCUCCGAGGAGGCUAUUCAGGCUGCGCCAAGGGUGAGCAGCAGCGCCGCCUUCCUGGCGAUGGUGCGCGGCCCGAUCGGCGCGCCUCCCAACGUCACCGGCGCCGAGCUGGCCGCCGUGGAGGUGCUGCGCGGCAGAGAGAUGGGCCUGCCCGCCUACGACACCGUCCGCCAGCUGUGCUCCGGCACAUCGCUGACCAGCUGGGAGGAGCUGGGGUCAGUUUUUGGCCGGGCAGAGCUGGAGGCGCUGCGAUCCAUCUACGCCAGUCCCGAGGACGUCGACCUCUGGGUGGGCGGCAUGCUGGAGCGGCGCGCUCAGUCUGCUCGGGUGGGCCCCACCUUCCAGUGCGUGAUCGCCGACCAGUUCCGGCGGCACCGAGAUGGCGACCGGCUCUUCUACGAGCGCAGCCUGAGUGACGGCCAGCUGCGGGAGGUGCGCAAGGCCAGCCUGGCGCGCCUGCUCUGUGACAACGAGGAGGGCCGCAGUCGCGCUGCGCCCCUGGCGCUCGAGCCGCUCACCGAGUGGAACAAACCGACCCUGUGCACAUCGAGCACCAUCCCGCAGCUGGAUCUCAGUGUGUUCUGAGUCUGAACAGCUGUCAGUAGCUUCUCUCUUGUGAAUGGCAUUUAUUAGAGCUCUGCAUUCUUAUAAUGCGAUAAGAUAGCUAGCUCUUUGAUGUAAGUAAUUAUGCGUUUUUGUGAAACUCUUAGCCAUGGGCAUACUCGUAAGCUGUUUUUGCAUGUGGUUCCACGUUAGCACGCUGUUUUACGUGUGGAUGCUUGUGUUUUAUCUGUUGCCUGGGCAUUAGAGGUUUAGUGCAGCGCAGCUUGGAUAGCAAUUAGCAAUAUGCAGUUGUGAAAUAAAAAUAAGCGUACCUUA